AUGGCUAUCGUUCUGGCAUCAAUAUAUUUGCUUUCCCUUUACUUCUUUCUCUUCCAAUACCAGGCAUGUGCAGAUAAACGGAUACUUCUAUCCGAUCCGAAUUACGUGAUUCACAUUGAGUCCAGUCUUGCUGAACUAACUGCCAAAGUAUACGCUCUCCAGACUGAAUUCAAUACGCAACAGGACACGUUGGAUACUCUAGAGAUGAAACUUCCCAACACAGGUAACUCUUUCAGUAAAUUGUUUAACCUGACUUUACUGUACGUUGUAUUGAAACAAUCUUAUUCAUCCACAGGUGUCGCUGCUGGAGCUCUAUAUACUGAUACAGGCGGGGCUGUGGAGUAUGUCUGUAUGCCAAAUAACCCUGUUCAUGAAUUUACAGAUUACGUUGACAACGACGCACAUAUGUAUGGUGGCUUAUACGAGUCAAAAGUAUUCAGCGCCACUACCACUGGGGAUCGGGCGCCAUGCGCCGUUUGUUAUGCUACCACUCGAGCAUCCAAACUAAUGCUGUAUGGAAGUAACGUAUGUCCUGCCGGUUGGACCAAGGAAUACCAUGGAAUUCUAUCAUCUGGCUACCGCAACCACAAAGCCGGGACUCAGUAUAUAUGUCUAGACGCUGCUGCCGAGUCCCUAGCUCCGUUUAGUAGUAACGCUGUUGGUAAACUGCUGUACCGAGUUCGCGGGAAGUGCAGUUCUCUCCCUUGUCCACCGUAUUUAGAUGGCAGGCUAUUGUCGUGUGUUGUGUGCACCAAAUAA